AUGAGAAUCUACUUUUUCGCAUUCUUAGCUCUGACUGUCUGGGCGAACACAGAAUCCUUGGUGUUUGAUAGAUCAACGCUACGCAUAAUAGACACGCAUGAUGAGAUUGCCUCACAUCAGCUUGCAAUCACUCCCCAAACGUCGCUUGAUGUUGCCAUAGAUUUAUCUAGGGACAAAUACACGAUCAUACUCAAUGACAUUGGUGAAGGCAAAUAUUUUGUCAAGGCGUGUUGGAGCGGAUUGGAUCCAAUUGACAUCUCUCUGGAUUGCACCCUCACGUCCCAAAACGAGACCAUUUUGACGAUAGCCACCACUCAGGAUUUCUAUCAUAUCGGCAAGGGCUCUGCAAGUGACUCUUUCAAAAAUGCAUAUAUAAGGGUUCAGCUGCUCAGAAAUGACAGAUUCUAUGGGUCUUUGAACUCAGAAUUCAUCACUAUCAUCGCGUUCCUGGUGAGCCUUAUUCUGGUUGCUGUACCUGCUUCUCAGUUUAUAGCCAGACUAGUUGGAUAA